AUGGUUUCCAACCGCGUCAUUGGCAAGCAGGCUCCCGCAGAGUCAGGUCCGAAGCCACGCUCGGCAGACAAGAAGAAGCGUGCCCAGCGGGGACAGGCACAAACCUUUGCAGGCCGCCGGCCACCUAAGGACCCGGCUCUGUAUGAGGCUUUCAUGGCCAUCCGUGAGGGGUACUACAAGGAAGUGAAGAAAAGCAAUGCCGAGGGCAAGCGCAAGAUGGGCAUCGGCCAGGAGCUCUUCUUGCUGAAGAUGAAGCAGACGAUGCAGAAGGACAACUCCACGGAUUCCCCACAGGUCAAGUUUCAAAAAGCCCUUGCUGCAUGGAAAGCAGGUGGCAAUGCAGGUUCUGAUUGA